AAUCCAAAUGUAUCCAACCAACGACUGUCAGUCAAUUAACAUUGUUCAAUUGAUUUCUGAACGAGUGUUUUGCGUUGCAAUCGCAAAUUUUUAAAAAUUGCAAAUUUACAAUAAUAAAAGGCUGAUUUCACCACAAGUCUACGUUCGACUGAAACUUUUACAAGUUAUGAAUCUCCAAAGGGCAUUUCAACGAGUUUAUAGCGUUUUAUUGAACAGCAAUGUGAACACUGUUGCACCAGUAUGUAGCUAUAGAGUCCGGCUUAAGCACACAAAAGAGCAGUUAAAUGAGCAUAGAGCUAAAGUGAUGGCUAAAGGCUUGCCGGAGAAGAAGCCUCUGCCAGGGGUCAAAAGCAUAAUACUAGUGGCUUCUGGGAAAGGAGGAGUUGGGAAGACAACAACUGCUGUGAAUCUCGCAUGUGCUAUGAAGGUGAUAGAGCCUGACAAAGAGAUUGGUCUGCUGGAUGCCGACGUUUUUGGUCCAUCUGUGCCACUUAUGAUGAACAUAAGUGGAGAGCCCAUGUUAAAUGAUGAUAAUCUUAUUGAGCCACUCCUUAACUAUGGUGUUAAAUGCAUGUCAAUGGGCCUGUUGGUAUCUGGGGAGAAUGCGGUGGUGUGGCGCGGGCUGAUGGUGAUGCAGGCGCUGGAGCGGCUGACGCGGCACGUGGCGUGGGGGCCGCUCGACUGCCUCGUGGUGGACACGCCGCCCGGGACUGGCGACACGCAUCUGUCACUCGCACAGAACUUGCCUAUAGAUGGCGCAGUAGUAGUCACAACUCCACAAUCAGCGGCCUUGCAGGUGACAAAAAGAGGUGUUAAUAUGUUUGAGAAGCUAAAAGUUCCUAUCGUCGGCAUGGUGGAGAACAUGUCGCACGCUAUUUGCUCGAGUUGUGGUACUAAAAACUUCGUGUUCGGCACCGACACGCAGCUCACAGCUAACCAGAUGGGCUUGGAGAUCAUACAGAGCUUCGAAGUCGAUCAGAACAUGUCGGAGUGCAUAAACAGUGGGAAACCCGCCAUAUACGCGCUCCCCGACAGCACGCACGCAGAGAAGUACAGACAGCUAGCUAACAAAGUCUUCAAGUAUAUAGAGAGUAAGGAAAAUGAAAGAGCGAAGGCGAAAGAGUAGGCGCACAAGUUUAAGUGACCAGUAGUUGUUGAAGAAUUUUAAAAUAUUAAUAUAUACACAAAUAAAUGUUUUACAAAACUGUA